AUGGGGCCCCCGGGCAAUAGGGGAUCAUGGGGCCCCUGUGUCCUUGCCCAAACUCAAAAAAGCCUAUUAAAAAGUAUCUGACCAUCACUUGUAUUAUGCCCACAGUCUCUGACCAUCUCUUGUAUCAUGUGUGCAGUAUCUGACCAUCUCUUGUAUCAUGCCCAUAGUCUCUGACCAUCUCUUGGACAGGGGCGGACUGACAACUCAUGGGGCCCCCGGGCAAUAGGGGAUCAUGGGGCCCCUGUGUCCUUGCCCAAACUCAAAAAAAACUAUCAAAAAGGUACCAGGGGCAUCUCAUGGGGCCCCCUACUGACCCCGGGCCCUUGGGCAGUGCCAGUUUCCAAAUGGUCAGUCCGCCCCUGCUC